AUGCAAAGAUUAAUCAUUUUUCUUUUCAUUCUUGGUUUUAUUUCACCAUGUUUGUGUGCGAGGUGUGUUAAAACAGAAGAGAAAGAAAACACUUAUAAUGUGAUAGAUUAUGGUGCUCAUGGUGAUGGCAAGUCAGAUGAUUCUAAGGCUUUUGUGAGUGCAUGGAAAGAGACAUGUGGAACAAAAGGAACAUCAACUCUUAUUAUACCAGAAAAUAGAGUAUUCUUGGUGAAAGGCAUAGCCCUCAAUGGUCCUUGCAGUGCCACAAAAAUUAAUAUUAGGGUACAACACGUAAAUAAUCUCUCAAUUGAUGGAAGUGGAGGAUCAAUUGAUGGCUAUGGUUCUUCUUGGUGGAAAUGCGAGAGUUGUGGAAGACCAACGAUUCUUAGGUUCAAGUCUUGUAAGGAUCUUAGUGUUAGUCACGUGAGCAUCACGAACAGCCCAAAAGCUCACAUAAGGAUAAAUAAUUGUGAGAAUGCCAGAAUCUCUCAUAUCAACAUUGAUUCUCCUGGUGACAGCCCCAACACCGAUGGAAUUGACAUUUAUUCUUCAAAAAAUAUCUUCAUUGAAGAUUCCACCAUACAAUGUGGUGAUGAUUGCAUAGCCAUUAGUGAUGGCUCCUCUUACAUCAAUGCUACUCGAAUUGCUUGUGGACCAGGCCAUGGAAUAAGCAUUGGCAGCCUGGGUAGAGACGGAUCUUAUGAAACAGUGACAGAAGUUAAUGUAAAAAAUUGCAGCUUCAGCCACACUACAAAUGGAGCAAGAAUCAAGACAGCACCAGGUGGAUCAGGUUAUGCAAAACACAUAAGUUUUGAGGACAUCAAAUUAACACAGGUUGAGAACCCAAUUAUUAUAGACCAGUACUACGGAAGUAAACAUUCAAAGGUACUCUUAACUUUUGACGAAGCUAUUAACUUAAAUUGUUGUCCACCUGGUUGUUUCAACCUUGUUCUCGAUAAUAUUGACAUUGUCUCUUCUAAACCAGGAAAACCAGUUUCUUGUUCUUGCAACAAUGCCCAUGGAAAAGUUACAUCCACUCAUCCAAAUUGUUCUUUCUCCUAUAACCAAAUAAUUAUGUAG